CUCUGUUUAUAUUUUUCGACCUGUCUGCCCUGUCGCCGGGAAAAUCGAAUAGGACCAGCUCUGCGAUGGUCGAAAAAUUAGAUCAUCUCAUCAUAAAAAGUGAACCGUUCUACGCGCUAGAAGAAGCAGAUUUUCUCAACGGGAUAGCCAACUUGCAGCAGGAUGUGGAUUUGAGAACACUUUGCCUGACUCGACUAGGUCUUGGCGAGGAAACCAUAGCUUUGCUGGAAGCCCAACAAAUUGACGUCGAAUGUUUGAAAAAGAUGCGUUUCGAAGACGUCGAUGCCUUAUUCGAGACCCAACCGCUUGGUCCCAAAAUCAACUUCCGCGAAGCACUGAUAUCCUGGCGAAUCAAUAUAGGUAUGCCAAUGAAAAGCCUCCGAACGAUGUCUUAUCGCAAGCGAUCGGCCGAACAGGAACUUUCCCCUACGCGAUCAGUGAGGGGUCUGAACAGUUGCAUCAUUAGUGAACCAAUGAUUAACACUGCCACUGGGGAGAUUCCCAAAGGAAAAGUAGAACUUAGAAUCGACUAUAAAAUGUUUCCCUGGCCAAUGACUCCGGAGGUUUUGAAGGAUAUACUAUCCAGUUGUAGCGUUGGCAGAUUCAUACUGCAUUCCGGGGAGUUGGGCUGCUUGGAGAAAACAUUCCAGGGUCAGCUGACGGCAAUUGUGAUCGAUUACCACAUGGAGUACGAUACGAAGAUCACGGCACAGCAGCUGGAAAACUACUCUCGAUGUAUCACAAUUUUGUUUCCGCAUGAGAAUCAGAGCACGUAUCACAUUCCGCGAGGACCAACGCGGCGAAAUCCCGGCGGAUCUUUAUACUCGAGAUUCAUCAAUCAGAAGAUCAGUAAGAAAGCGAUGGCUAUUGGAAGUGGUUUGGCUGCUCCGUUCCAUGGUUAGAGUGCUUAAAGCGACCCGCAAAUAUGGAACAGUGUGAUACGGUAUUGCUCCUAUUUUAUUUUUAGUUUAUUUAUUUAAGGUCUGACCCAGUAUACUUAUUGAUAAUUGAUAAUAAUAAUAUUAUACUUGAUCCUUCGUGUGUUCGUGAUUUUGCAUUUACUUGAGUUCUGUUUGGACGAUGGUUUUAUUAAUAAAGUAUUAUAAUAGUAAUAUGUUAUAACACUUGAAACAUUUGUGUGUUCAUUAGUUGUCAUAGUGAACAAAGAAAUAUGG